AAGGAGGGAGCGAGAGGGAACAGAGAGAGCAAGGGUUCAUCCGCACAACAGUAAAAUGAAGCUGAUGUCCACACCCCAUCUUUUCCAUUUCCUCCUCUUCUGUGCAACGCAGACAUUAGGCGUCAGGAUUCAGUCUGACUCAGUCGUUGGCAGUGAGGGUUUGAUUCAGAUCGAGCUGGAGGGGACUGUGUCUCUGCUCUGCCUGUCUGACGGCAACUCUGAGACUGAGCCCGAUGAAGACCUGGUGUGGCUGAGGAAUGGCGCCAUGGUCAGCUUGAUGGCAGAAAAUAAAAAGAAUGGCAGCCGAGUAUGUGUGACACCUGUCCUCCAAGAAGAUAACGCCGCCACGUUCACCUGCCACCUGAGCAGCAAUGCCUCCAUUAGUGACUCAGUCACCCUGAACGUCACAUACCCCCCGCCGAUCAUGGGGGCAGAGGAGCUUGUCGUGGAAGAGGAGUCAGUGCUCGUCCUGCAGUGUGACAUCCUGGCCAAUCCACAAGUCUCCUCCUUGGUGUGGACAGUGAAUGGAAGCACAGUGGAUCUAUUGACCGGCGGCUUCACGUUGACCAAUGACGGCGUUAGGAGCCAACUGAUUGCCAACAGCGUGGACAGAAGCCUGCACGCGGCCUCGUAUCGGUGCCUGGCGAAUUCUCCCCUCUAUGGAGAGUUCGAGAAGAACUUCCAAGUCACAGUAACAGACAAGCUCAUGAAGUUCCCGCUGAUGCCCAUUAUAGCGGGGUUGGUGGUUGUGUGCCUCACAGCCAUUCUUGCUGUGGUUGCACGAUGGAGAAAAAUCAGACAGUGCUGCAAGUAGUGUCCAAAACAGCUGCUCUUCUCGACUUCACCAAAUGAGGCCCUGAAGACGUCGCACCUCUCCGCAAAUAACCAUUUACGUAGGCCUUGUAUUUAAUUUUGGAUUAUGUUGUCAACAAUAACAUUGUUAGAGGAAAGGUUGAACAUCAUAGGAAAAGCACUUAUUUUCUUUCUUGCUGAAAGUUUGGAAGCCUAAAGACUGGAAUCAAAGGGAAACAGCUAGGAAGGCUGUGUCGAGAAGAAAUCCCCAUUAAAACCAUGAGUGGUUUUCAAACAAGAGAUAUGACGUGUUGAUAAGUGAUGCUGUCAACUGUAACCAUGUUUGUCAUGAAAUCAUUAAUAAUGGCAGCGGAAUCCAGGAAACGUUCCACAGUGAGCCUUGACAUGAUUCUUUUGUGCUGGUUACUUGUCAUACUGUGAUGCUUCCUGACCCUGUGAUGCAGAAGUGAGCUUAUAAGACUCCAUCACCUGUAUCCUUAUUCAUAUCUUUGCAAUAAAGGUAUUUUUG